CCGGAACCAAGUUUUCCUGCUGAGAGCCGAGGCCGGAUUUUGAUAUUCCCCUUUUUCCCUUGAGCAUUUUUCUUUCCUCUUUUGUUACAGCUGGUCUGUCAAAAAAAAAUCCUCCCCAACCUAUUUACCCUCAUAGUCGUUUUGUCAAGGGUUACCAUAUCACCACAUCAUCAUGAGCAAUCCUAAUCAACCAUCCAUUUUGCUCCAAGAAACCCUUACUGGUCCUCCCGUUCAACGGAACCUCUCUCGGUUGGAAAUCGACAAUGCGUACCUUACCCAACAAAAUGAACACUUGCACAAAGAACUGUCCUUUGCUCGAUACACUGUCAAUGCCCUAAAAACAAUUACCCUUCAAAAAGAUCACACUCUGAAUGAAACCAGGCAGGAACUGGACAGAGCUUAUCUUCGCAUCAGGAUGCUAGGAAUGGCUCUUCAGAAACAACAACAACAAUUGCAACUUUACACGGCUCCGGCAGGUCCCGGAGCACUUCUUGACGAAGAGAAUGACCCCAUGCUCAUUGCUGACGGUGAUGACAGCUCCGAUGAGCACGAAGAGGAAGAAGAAGAAACGGCUGAUCAAGGAAAAUCCAUGGACCAAGUUACCUCUGUGAGGAACGACAGUACUCUCCAUCGAUCAUCUGAUAUCAUCGCUAAGCUUCCGUUACGAGCUCCCGUGGGCGUGUAUGAUGAUACUUCCGUCCAACAACUGACCACACCUCCCGACUCACCACGUACCGAGCCUCUUGUUGAUUUUUCCUUGUAAUGCAUGGAUUUAGUUUUAAUAAAGUCGUGAAAGGGAAGUAAAGGAGAGAAAAAUAAAAAAAAGAUAUAAGAAAAACCAGUAAUUAAAAAAGGUGGUCUUGCU